AUGUACCGUACAGUAGCUGGUGCCAAGGCUCGACUCUCCCUAGUGAGGAGGCGGGAAAGUGGUUUGGGGGCCUUGGUGGGAAAACAGAGGUUCGGGGUGCUAGUGCCGGGACCAACGCCCGUGACAAACGCCCGUGACAAACGCCGUGCUCGUGCUGUUGAGACACAAGUCAUUUCUAUAUCUAAUAUCGCCUCACUGAGCACCUAA